AUGAACAAAGAUAUUGGAACUCCAUUUGAAAAUCAGAAAGAGAGCACUUAUUUACUUUACAUGGCUGCCAGUCAGAUGUUGGAUUUUAUUGAACAGAAAUUUCAUCCAGGUGUUGUUGAGAAAAAGCUGAAUGAAAUGGAUGACAUACCCUUCUAUUUUGAAACGAAGUACAAGAUGCUUUUGCAAUUUUCAAGAUUUUCCAACUACCUCAAUCUGAUGGAUGUAUAUGUCAGGGAUGAAUACAAAUUAAAGAAAAUGAAGAAGAAGAAUUCACUUGAUCGGAUGAUGAUAAAGCAUAAUCUUUAUGAAAAAUUGAUGAAUUUACAUGAAAGCUACAAAGAAGCUACUUCAAAACUACAGCACCUUCUUGAAAAUUCAUCCAAGAAAUCCAUCCAAAAAGAAAUAGAUGAAGAACUGAAAAGUUGUCAAAAUUUAGUAGUGUUUUCAGAUCAGUUGAUUCAAGAAUCUACAACAAGCUGGAGGAUAAAAGCAGUAGGAGGAUGA